CACAAAACAAGUUCUAAGAACUAUAAUUUCUGGCAGAAAUGAGAACCUCAGGACAGCUGAGGCAUUGCCCUGCAAUGUUUUAUGCCUUGGCAUUGUGCCUCUUGGCCACAAGUGCGCUUGCCACUACGCCUUAUACUUAUUCUUCACCACCUCCACCACCAAAGCACUUAGAGACCCCUCCAACCCAUUACAAGUCCCCCCCACCACCAAAGUAUGUAAAACAUCCACCACCUCCAUCACCAUCACCCCCGCCACCCUAUUAUAAGUCUCCACCACCGCCUUCUCAUUCGCCGCCUCCUCCUUAUGUGCACAAAUCUCCUCCACCACCCACUCACUCACCACCUCCACCAUAUGCUUACAAGUCACCACCUCCCCCUUCUAAAUCACCACCUCCUCCUUAUGUCCACAAAUCUCCUCCUUAUGUCCAUAAGUCACCACCUCCACCAUCAUAUUCUCCUCCACCUCCUUACAACUACAAGUCACCACCUCCACCAUCAUUCUCUCCUCCACCUCCUUACCACUACAAAUCACCACCUCCACCAUCACAUUCCCCUCCACCUCCUUACCACUACAAGUCACCACCACCACCAUCUCCAUCACCUCCCCCUCCAUACCACCACAACUCUCUUCCUCCUCCAGUGAAGUCACCUCCACCUCCCAAAUAUUACUACAGAUCACCUCCACCUCCAAAACACUACUAAGCUUCAUGGCUUUUUAGCGACUUGAACCAGUCCAAAUAAGUUCUUCGUUUCCAUGUUCCAGCGGUAUCACUUCUUUUUCUAGCUUUGUUCUAUUUGCAGACAAGUGUGUUUGGGAAUAAUAAAGGUCUGACAGAACCCUUCGUGUAUUCUGUCGUAAGAACUCACUGUAUCAAUUAGUUUUUUUUCCUUCCCCUUUUAAAGAAAUGAAAGCAAAGAGUGUUUCACAUACGUACUUGUUUUUAUGUAGUUCCUAUGCUAUUACAUAAGCCUUUUGGAUCAAUAAAAUUAUGUGUUUCUUCGUGGAAAAGUUAAAGUGC